AUGGGGGAGCAAUUCCGUUGGAAUCCAUCUGAAGACCGGAUGGGGCAGAUGCUUCUUCAGGCCGUCUACAUGGAGGAUCAGGUGACCCUGGAGCACCUGAUCAAGCAGAAGGCAAAUUUGGAAUCCAGAGAUGAGACGGGAGCCACGGCGUUGCACAUUGCAACCACACGAAACAUGCCCAGCACUGUCUCCUGGCUCCUGCGCCACAGAGCUGACUGCUUUGCGAAAGAUGGUCGCUUUUCUGCAGAGUAUCCAAAACUGACGUGCGUUGAAGCCGUUGGUAUAGGCGGUCCUGCAACAGGCGACGGCUACCACGCCUUGACAUGGGCCGGCGCCUCGGUCCGUGAUGCAGCACGAUACAGUGACUCUUUGGGAUGCGAUCCAGACAGUUGUGAGGCCUGCAUCAAGGGCCAUCUGCAGAUCGUGAAGAUCCUGCUGGAGGCUCGGGCCAGCAUCGAAGAAGCUGCCAGCUCCAGUGGCAAGACGCCGUUGUCGCUGGCUGCCGAGCGUGGCCACAUGGAAGUGGUGGAAGAGUUACUGGCAAAGCAGGCUCGGCUCGACCAGACCAACACAGACGGAAGCACCCCACUCCAUGCCGCAGCUCAUCAGUGUGAAGUGGAAGUCGUUGCACGCCUUCUCUCCCGGAAGUCCCUUGUGAACGUGGCAGACAACGAGGGUUGGACCCCGCUGAUGUAUGCAGUGAACUCCCCAGCUGCCGCAUCAGACAGUGUGAGGCCAGAGCUCAGCGAGCGAAAGGUUCACAUUGAAGGGGCGAUUGGAAGAAAGUCUACGUUGGAGCUGCUACUGUUGCACAAGGCGGACGCAAAUGCACAAUCCGUGGAUGGCUUUAGCGCCUUGAUAAUCGUCUGCGCGUAUGAUCGGCCUCAUGCCGUGAAACAGCUGCUGGACGCCAAAGCCCAGGUCAACAUGGCCACGAUGAAGGGGCAGUCGGCGAUGCUGAUGGCCGCAGUGAAUGAUUUGCCAGUGGUGGCAAAAGCCUUGAUUGCGGGAAAUGCGGACGUCAACCAGGCCAACGGCAAGGGUGAAAGCCCACUUAUUGUUUCUGAGAAGAACGGCUUCAGAGAGGUUGCUGACCUCUUGAAGAGUGCUGGCGCUUUGCCCCCGAAGGGCGGCAAAAAGAAGGGCCGCCACUUGUCUCAAAUUUGA